AUGCGUGGAAUCUUCGCUACUGCGGCCCUACUCGCGGGCGUUCAAGCCGCCGUUGACCCCAUUGUCAUCAAGGGCCAGAAGUUUUUCCACAAGAACAGUGGUGAACAAUUUUUCAUGAAGGGUGUCGCAUACCAGCAAGAAAUCAACUCCAACUCAACAGCUGCCUCGACCGACGAGCUCGACAUCACCGACCCUCUUGCCGACUCAUCAGCAUGCAAGCGUGACAUUGAGCAGCUCAAGAAGCUCCAGACCAACACCAUUCGUGUGUACGCCAUUGAUCCCAAGAAGGACCAUGAGGACUGCAUGAGCCAGCUUGCCGAUGCGGGCAUCUACGUUGUAGCCGAUCUGUCUGAGCCAGGCUUGUCGAUCAACCGUGACGACCCCGGCUGGACUGUCGAGCUAUACGAGCGCUACACCAGCGUCGUUGACGAGAUGAUGAAGUACGACAACACUCUCGGUUUCUUCGCCGGUAACGAGGUCAGCAACCAGCCCAACAACACCGUUGCAAGCGCUUUCGUCAAGGCAGCUGUCCGUGACACCAAGGCCUACAUCAAGAGCAAGAACUAUCGUGAGAUUGGUGUCGGAUACGCCACCAACGACGAUGCCGACAUCCGUGAGAACAUGGCCAACUACUUCGACUGCGGCGACGCCGACAGCGCUAUUGACUUCUGGGGUUACAACAUCUACUCGUGGUGCGGUGACUCCUCCUUCACCGAGUCCGGUUUCGAUGUCCAGACCAAGAACUUUGAGAAGUACAACGUUCCCGUCUUCUUCGCUGAGUACGGUUGCAACACUCCUCGCCCCCGCAAGUUCACUGAGGUCGGUGCUCUCUACGGCAAGCAAAUGACUGGUGUCUGGUCUGGAGGUAUCGUCUACAUGUACUUCGAGGAGGAGAACAAGUUCGGUCUCGCUUCCAUCAAGGGCGGCAAGGUCGAGACCAACGACGACUUUGACAACCUGUCCAAGCAGAUCGCCAAGGCCACCCCCGUCGGUGUCAAGAUGUCCGAGUACAAGCCCAGCAACACCGCUGCUGCCUCGUGCCCCAAGGUCACUUCUGGCAAGUGGGAGGCCGAGUCUGACCCCCUCCCUCCUGUCGCCAACGCCAACCUCUGCUCGUGCAUGAUGGAGACUCUCAGCUGCCAAGUCGCCGAUGACACCGAGGAGGAGGACUUCGGCAAGAUGUUCGGCUUCAUCUGCGGUGAGAAGGACGGCGAGUACUGCCAGGGUAUCAACAAGAACGCCACUGCCGGCCCCUACGGUGUCUACGGCAUGUGCUCCAGCCGCGAGCAGCUCUCUUUCGCCCUCAACGCCUACGCUAAGAAGGUCAGCGAUGGCUGCGACUUCAAGGGUCAGGCCACUUCCAAGAAGGCUGUUGCCAGCCCCACCGCUUCCGGCUGCUCUUCCCUUCUCAAGGACGCUGGUGUCGAUGGCACUGGCUCCGUCAAGGGCGCUGCUGCCAAGGCUACCGGUGCUUCCAGCUCUGGUGACGCAUCUGGCUCCGGCAGUGCUGCCGCCGGUCUGUCCGCUCCCCAAUUCACCAACGGUGCUUUCGGCAUGGGUCUGUACGUUGUUGCUGCCGUUGCCUCUGGCAUGGCUAUGAUCCUGUUGUAA